CAGAUGGUACCCCAACAAAACAAAACUUCAAACUCCAUUUCCCAUGUCUUCAGCACUCUCUUCUCGUCCUUGAAUUCCACCAUGCCAUCGUCGUCUCACGCGCUCCUCGCUCUUCUUUUCCUAUCCUCGCUCUCAAAACUAGCCUCGUCAGAAGCAGAGGCACGAAGGGAAUGCGAGAAGCGAUGGAUCCACAUAAGGAACCUCCCUGCGAGAUUCAAUCUUGAUCUGCUAGCAAACUGUUCCGAAUACCCACUCCUCGAUGACCUGUGUCCGUACCUAGCGAACCAUGGUUUGGGUCAGAAAACCCAUAACCGUUCCCAUAGUUGGUACCGAACCGACCCAGCCAUGCUGGAAUUGAUGUUCCACCGCCGAAUGCUGGAGUACCCAUGUCUCACCCAAGAUCCAUCUCUCGCCAAUGCUAUUUACCUUCCUUACUACGCAGGCCUCGACGCUCUCCGCUACCUCUACGGUCCCGAUUCCAACCUCACCGCCCAACACGGCCUUCACCUCUUUCACUUCCUCCAACACGACAACCCUGCUAUCUGGAACCGCCACAUGGGACACGACCACUUCCUCGUCAUGGCUCGUCCCGCAUGGGAUUUCUCCCAACCCCUCUCCAACGACCCUCCCAUUUGGGGCACUUCAUUUCUCGAGUUACCCCAAUUCUUCAAUCUCACCGCUCUCACUCUCGAAUCACGCGCCUGGCCCUGGCAGGAACACGCCGUUCCCUACCCGACGUCGUUUCAUCCUCCCAAUCUCGGUCUCUUCUAUUCCUGGCUCCAGCGCGUUCGCCGCUCUAAGCGCUCCGUUUUGGCUCUAUUCGUCGGCGGCGGAGGUGUCUCCGCCACGCCCAACAUCCGCCGCAGCAUAAGGACUGAGUGUGAGAACGCCACCGCGGAUUCCUCCGACUACGAUACGUUGUGUCAGGUGGUUGAUUGCUCCAACGGGAUUUGCGAGCAUGAUCCUAUCAGGUUCAUGAGGCCCAUGUUGCAGGCGACUUUCUGCUUGCAGCCUCCCGGGGACAUUCCCACGCGCCGGUCAACGUUCGAUGGGAUACUGGCCGGGUGCAUACCCGUUUUUUUUGAGGAUCUUUCUGCUAAGUCUCAGUACGGGUGGCAUUUGCCGGAGGCGGAGUUUGAGUCUUUCUCGGUGUUUAUACCGAAGGAGGAGGUUGUGUUCAAAGGGUUGAGGAUUUUGGAUGUGCUUCAACGUAUUCCCACGGCCAGGGUUAGGAGAAUGAGAGAGAGAGUUUUGGAGUUGAUUCCCAGUGUCGUGUAUAGGAAGCAUAACAGUUCCGCGGGGUUAAUGGCGAAGAAAGACGCGUUUGAUUUGACAAUUGAUGGUACUUUGGACAGAAUCCGAUCAAGGCUUGGGGAACUUGAUUUCGUUCUGUAAUUAUAGUUUUCUUGUUCGUUGUUGCUUUUGUUUUUUAUUUUUCUUUCCUUAUAUUAUAUAUAAUAGACAGGAAGAUAGAUACAUAGAUAGGUCGUAAUUGAGCAUUUAAGGUCGAAUUAGAUUUUUUUUUUUUUCUUUUUGUCAAUGAUCAAUAGUAGUAUUCAAUAGACCUUGACAAGGCCAAACCAGAAUACCUGCAGCUUCUAAUUGCAGGUUACUCUCUUGAAUUUCUUUCUUACUGGUCUUUCUACCUUUACAUGACUUCUUCGGUGGUUUCAGUAAAAAUGCAAACAACAUCACGAG